AUGGAUGAACAAAUUUCAUUAAGAGCAGUAGCUAAUUACUUGGAAAGAGAGGGUGUUUUUGCAAUGACAGCAAAAAGAGUUCUUUGGACUCCAAGUAAUGAAUCAAAACCAGUAGUAAAUUCUUUCAUUUCUACAAUACAAACAGGCUGGGAUGAAUUAAAGAAAAUAAAAGCAGAAUUAACAGAAAGUAUACAACGUGAACGAUCUGUCGUUGUUGUAACAUCUUCCUCAAAAUCUUCAGCCUCAUCACCAGUCUAUCAACGUUCAGCUGCCCCGUCACCAGCUUCUGGUUCAUCGUCUCCUGCUACACGAAAUACACCAGGCAAAAAUGGAAAUCUAAACAUUGAACUACGAAAACAAUUACUGCUUAGAGAUAAAAAUUUAGCUGAUCAGCAUAAAACUCUUGUAGUGGAACAUAAAUGUAUUAAUGAAGAGGAAUUCUGGGAAUUGAGAAAAAAUCUAUUACGUGAUCAAGAUGCACGUACGAACCAACAAAGAGGUUGUUCUUCUACAAUGCCUCACUUACGACCUGUGACUGAAGAUGGUGGUGAAGCUAAAAUUAAUAUAACACCUCAACUGAUCCGUGAGAUAUUUGAUGAAUAUCCACGUGUAGAAGCUGCUUAUAAACUUUAUGUUCCUGAAAGGUUAUCAGAACAAGAAUUUUGGAAACAAUAUGUACAAUCAAAAUUCAAUGAUCGUAAUAGAGCAGUCACAUCAAAUGGUUCACAAGGAGAUGAAAUAUUUGAUAAAUGUUGGGUCGAAACUGAAAAAGAUCUUAACCAAGAUUCUGGGCAUGUAAGAAAAAAAUUAAAAAUAAGUACAUUAAGAGAUUUAAAUGCAACACAAGAAGAUCAUAUAGAGCUGGAAAUGAUGCCAGACAUCACUAUGAGGCCAAGCCAAAAUAAAGUUUUAUCAUUAUUAAGACGAAAUAAUAGACAUUCAGAAAGAGUAUUGGAAAUAUCAACAAGAGAAAAAUCAAAGAAAGAUAAAAAUUACGUGGAGGAAAAGAAAGAGGAUUAUAUAAAUGAACUAUUAUUAGAAGACUUGUGUGAUGAACAAUCUAACCAACGACUAUUACUUGAUAUUAGGGAUCAACGUGAAUAUUUCGCAACUCAAUUAACCGAAGCUAGCUCAGAUGUUGAUUUAUUAAAUUCUACUCUUAAUUUAAAUGAAUCAAUUGAAACCCUCAAAAAUGAUGUUACAGAAUGGAAUUUAGAUAUGUUAAAAGACGAUCUGCCAUCAAAAAUUGAAAAAGAGGUCAAAUUAAUACAAUUGAUGGGAAAUGAAUUCCUAAGACAUUUCUGGGCAAGUUACGGUUCUAAUGUUAAAGAAAAAAUGGAAAAGAAUAAAAAAAUGGUGGAACAGUUAAAGAUCACAUUAGGGAAAAUAAGUAAAUUAUCAGACAUUCAAUCAGAUGAUGACGAUCUACAAAAACCUCAAGCCAAUUUAAAUUUAAAUAUUAAUGUGAUCAAUAAUCUUAAUAAUCUUAGCCUUAAUAACAGUGGUAGUGUUAACGGAAAAAAACAACCAAUGGAUAUUUCAAACUCUAAUUCACAAAAUCUAAAACAGAUGCUUAGGCCAUUAGUUAAAUCGAUCGAAAAGGCUUUAACAUUACAUCGUGAAUUUAAUAAAAGAAAAGUUGAGAUCAAGUCAAAUCUAAAAUAA